AUGGCUCUAGUGGACUACCACUCCUCCGACUCGGCUUCUGAGGCCGGCUCACCCCCGACCAAGCGUCGCAAAGGAUCGAGUAGCAAGACACACGGGCCUGUGCAAGACGGCGACACUGCCGGCGCCGGUGCCGGCAAAGGCCAAACCAGCAAGACCGAGUCCGGCCGGACCAACGCCACGGGCGAAACCAACAGCAUCUCGGGCUUGCCUCCUCUUCCGGACCAGUUCCAUGAUCUGUACGCCUCCACUGUCCGAACCAGCACCGCUGAUGACCCCAAUCUGCAUCAAGGCCGCAAGAGGACCAUUCCUCACAUUGCUGGCAAUUGGCCGUCUCACGUCUAUAUUGAGUGGCACCCGGACGCGGAUCAGCACUCCCUUCUCACUAGCCUUCUAGACCAGAUCAAGCCGCUUCUCGGCUCGCAGAAGAUGUACCCGCUACUCACCUCCGACCUGAACGCCCCUCUGCCCCUCCACAUCUCCCUCUCACGCCCACUGUCCCUGACCACGGCCCAGAAGGGUCCCUUCCUCUCGUCCCUAACAUCCUCACUCUCCUCCGCCACGGGAGACUUCGCUCUCUCUCCACGGGGCGUCGGCUUCUUCAAGUCGCCCGAUUCCGAUCGGGCCUUCCUCAUACUCCGCGUCGCGGACCCCGCCGCGUCGCGAGACAGCGCCAGCACCAGCGGCAAGAACCCGCAUCUCCGGACGUUGUUGACGAGGUGCAACGCCGUCGCCCUGCGCUUCAAUCAUCCGGCCCUGUACCAGGUCCACGCGACCGAGCUUGUCGACGACGCGUUCCACGUGAGCAUCGGCUGGACGUUCGGGCUGCCGCCGGAGGACGCGUGCCUGCAGACGUAUGCCCUGCUGAAGCAACCAGAGUUCCGACUCAUUCGGCAGUGGAGAAUCGAGGUGGCGGGAGUCAAAGUCAAGAUUGGGAACGUUGUCACAAACGUGCCCUUGAAAACCCCGUCAAAGGGUGGGAAGAAGAGCACCACUGAGGAUGGGUUAUACGACUGA